CUUGAGUCCAUCUUUUCUCAGUCAAGACUAACCCUCCGCCCGGUUCAGGUCGGCUCGCUGCCCAUGAUGGCCAGCGCCUUACUCGCCAAUAUGGCCAGUGGCGGGCACUACAACCUCAAAUCACUCAUCAAAGCCAUCCGUUCUUGCAAGACAUUAGCAGAUGAACGUUCCGUCAUCCAAAAAGAAUCAGCUGCCAUUCGUACUUCAUUCAAAGAGGAAGAUUCCUACGCUCGACAUAACAACAUCGCCAAAUUACUCUACAUUCAUAUGCUUGGUUAUCCUGCACAUUUUGGUCAGAUAGAAUGUCUGAAACUCGUCGCCAGUCCGAGGUUCAGUGAUAAACGGCUCGGGUAUUUAGGUAUCAUGUUGUUAUUGGAUGAGAAUCAGGAGGUUCUCACUCUGGUCACCAACUCGUUGAAAAACGACAUGAACCACUCCAAUAUGUACGCGGUCGGAUUGGCGUUGUGCACUUUCGCCAACAUUUCCUCUGAGGAGAUGUCACGAGACCUUUGCAACGAGAUUGAAAAGUUAUUGGGAAGUAGCAACACAUACAUCCGCAAGAAAGCGGCUCUCUGUGCUCUUCGAAUCAUACGCAGGGUCCCCGAUCUGAUUGAUCAUUUCGUCGGUAAAGCCCGUAUGUUACUGCAAGACCGGAACCAUGGGGUUUUGUUGGCCGGCGUCACGUUGAUCACUGAGAUGUGUGCUAUAGACGAAAGCGUCAGAGGCGAAUUCCGCAAGGCCACCGACCUGCUGGUGAAACAUCUCAAAUCCCUCGCAUCUACAGGAUACAGCCCCGAACAUGAUGUAGGGGGAAUCACUGAUCCUUUCCUACAAACCAAGAUCUUACGUCUGCUGAGACUUCUGGGGAAAGAUGAUACCACUGCGAGUGAAACGAUGAACGAUAUUCUUGCUCAGGUCGCGACGAAUACCGACUCUUCGAAGAACGUUGGCAACUCUAUACUGUACGAAACAGUCCUUACUGUCCUUGAGAUUGAGGCGGAUUCUGGACUACGUGUAAUGGCCAUCAACAUUCUGGGCAAAUUUCUCACCAAUCGAGACAAUAAUAUCAGAUAUGUCGCCUUGAAUACCCUGUUGAAAGUCGUUUCGAUGGACACGAAUGCCGUACAACGACACCGCAACACCAUCCUUGAUUGCUUACAAGACGGUGAUAUCUCCAUUCGCCGACGAGCAUUAGAGCUCUCGUACGCAUUGAUCAACGAGACAAACAUCAAGAUCAUGACACGCGAGCUGCUGUCGUUCUUGGAGGUGGCGGAUAAUGAGUUCAAGCAAGGAAUGACUACUCAGAUAUGUCUCGCAGCGGAGAGGUUUGCACCUAACAAGCGAUGGCAGAUUGAUACUGUGAUUCGAGUGCUCAAAGUGUCUGGCAACUACGUGAGAGAAGAGAUUCUAUCCAGUUUCAUCCGACUUGUAUGCCACACACCAGAAUUACAAUUUUACACUGUUCAACGUCUGUAUACCGCUCUGUCAUCCGAUCUCUCCCAAGAGUCUCUCACUCUCGCAUCUGUGUGGAUCAUUGGAGAGUUUGCCGAUGUGCUGCUGCGAGGGGGACCAAUCGAGGAUGGCGAAAAAGAGGUGCAGGUCACCGAUUCUGACCUGGUCGAUCUUCUCCAAUCCGUCCUGAACUCUCCUUAUGCCAACACUCUCAUCCGCCAGUUCGUCCUCGUCUCCGCCUCCAAGCUUGCCGCUCGUUUAGCCGAGCUUUCUACACCUGGCCAGGCCACGCAACAGGACAGGAUAGCCGUGAUACUCGCCACUUUCUCGUCCAAUCUCGAACUGGAGAUUCAGCAGCGGGCAGUGGAAUUUGGUAGUUUGUUCUCUAUGACUGAGAUCCGUGCCGGUGUAUUGGAACGAAUGCCCCCUCCAGAGAUCAGAGCCACUUUGAUGGGAACAGUGAGUGAACGAAAACCUGUCGGCAGCACACGAACAGACAAGGAUUCUGUGGUCGACUUGAUAGGAGACGAUUCAGCUCCUUCUUCCGCCGGUAUCAUCGGAGCUCCGUCCACUGGUCCCUCUACACAAGAUCUCCUAGCGGAUAUAUUCGGAUCUUCCACUGAUGAUACUCAAGUAGCUGGACUAUCAUCUCCUGCCCCAGCUCGAACAACAGCAGCAGAUAUCAUGUCACUCUUCGACGCUUCUCCUUCUUCCCCUCCGGCGAUGUCGAGCCCAGGACCGAAUGUGGGUACGAGUACGAAUUCGAUGUUUGAUCUCGUUUCGCCUUCCUCAUCUGCACCCCAUUCACAAUCACCUGCCCAGAUUCCAACUUCACAACCUCUUGCUGCUGCACCAAAACAACUUCCUGCGUAUACCGCCUAUGAGAAGAACGGUUUGAAGAUCACUUUGACUCCUCGUAUGUCGCCCACUCAGGCGGGGGUGGUACAAAUCCUCGCUAGGUUUACAUCGCAAGAUGCUGUAUCUGGUGUCAAUUUGCAAGUUGCAGUCCCAAAGACUCAACAACUUCAAAUGCAAGCUAUGAGUAAUACCGACAUUGCUGCUGGUGCCACGGAAACACAACAGAUGAGGGUGUUGGUCCCUGUAGGAGCUCAAGUAAGACUUCGCAUGCGGAUAUCUUAUAGCAAGUCUGGACAAACCAUUUCAGAUCAACAAGAUUUUAGUGGUUUCCCUCCGGACCUCACGUCUAGAGGAUAGAAGAGAUACUGUAUGCAUUCCUUGGGUACCAU